CGUAUGCAGAACAAAAGCUACAUGAGUUGUACGCCAACAACAUGUUGGAGUUUCGAGCGCCUUUCUACACACUCGAAACGGCACCGUCUCGUGGCAUUGACUGGCUGGCGCAUGCCGCAACCUCCGUCGGGCGGUCAGCAUCCGGGAGGGGGUGGAGGAGGAGACGAAGGAGACGGCGGAGGUGGCGGAGGAGACGGCUCACAGUUUGCCGAAAAGGGGACGGGCGAGACAUCGUCGGUAGAGAAGGCGUCCGGCGGAAAGGGGUCAGGCAGAAAGGACUCGGGCGGAAAGGGGUCGGGCGGGAAGGGGUCGGGCGGAAAGGGGUCGGGCGGAAAGCGUAGAACGUCCGGGAGUCUUCAGUAUAUGGAAACUGACCCUCACUGCGUAGGGAGUCGAGAUUUCGACAUGCGAGACGAGGCCACCCUGACGUCUGAUCAAGUGCGAGUAGAUUCGCACUUGUCUGCGAGGACUUUGUUUUCCGUUGCCGAGGACAGUCCAUCCCGCCGUGCGCAGCAGAGGUCUCCUGUGCUCAACACCUUGCUCCUGAAAGAGGGCGCGUCUUCGUUUUGCCUGGAGGGCGGGAUGUCUGCAUUGCGAAGAAGCGAAGGUGCGACCUUCGGUUCCCUCGGCUCGGGCGACUGCCACAAACUCCGAAUACAUUCGGAUUUGCUGACGUCGCCCUCCGCCAUAAGUGCUCCUCACGCAACAGUGCCGCGGGGCCAAGAAAAGCGUGCUGUACAUCGGGAAGAGGAGACUCAACGCUGGCAGUCUCGCAAAGUGUUGGAGACCGGGGGUAGCGAGUGUGAACGUCAUGCUUCGAAGGGUGCGUCCGUGGACACUGGCAGCGAGAGUGCAAGAGCUCGAGGGGAAAUGCAUGCUCUACAGCAGGGAGAGGAGACUCGACAAGGGCCGACUCGUGAAGACGUGAAGUGGCUCCACGCACGAGCGCUGGUGAUCGGGACGUCCGAAGAGGUUCUGCACAGUCGUGGAGAACCCGAGGUGGAAGGCGGUGAGGUGAAUGUCGACAUCCGGACGGAUCCACAGCGGAAAGAUGGUGAUUGUUCGCCCACCCAUUGCGGUGAAGAACAGGGUGGUCGACCGUCUGUCCUAAGCACCGCUCAGGGAAUGGCGCUUCAUGAAGCCAUAGAGUUGGGUGACGACUCGGCAGCCACCGAGUUGGUUAGCGACUCAGGCGUGGCCGAGAUGCAGAACGUUGAAUCGUCCGUGGAAGGCGGUGAGGUGACCGUCAGCAUCAAGAUGGAUCCAGAGCGGAAAGAUCAUGAUUCUCCGUCCACCCGUUGCGGUGCCGAACAGGGUGAUCGAGCAUCUGUCCUCAGUACCGGUCGGGAAAUGGUGCUUCAUGAACCCAUCGACUUGCCAAGCGACUCAGCUGCCACCGAGCUGGUUAGCGACAUAUCCGUGGCCGAGGUGCAGAACCUCGAAUCGUCCGUGGAUGUUGGCGCAGUGGCGCGACAGGAGGGCGAGUUCCCUCAAAAGGCUCCCGAGCACGCUGAGGCUACAUCAUGUUUUCGCGUUCCGUUGCCUACUGAGGAGCUUAGCGCUACGGACUUGAGAAUGUUGCGGAACGUCUCUGGAGAUUUCAGCAACGGCCACGAGGUGGUGUCCUCGGUUCGCAAAGGGGUCAGUUCAAUUCCGUUGAGCAGAAAAAGUCUUCAAACUCUUAUUCAAGGGGAAUGGCUUUCUGACGAGGUGGUGAAGUCGUACUUGGCCUUGCUUGCCAACGCUGCGGUGCCUGGGUGUCCCUCUCUUUACAUUUUCAGUCCCUUUUUGUAUACCAAGCUCGUCCGUGGCGGCUACCGACAUGAUAGGGUUGCGAAAUGGACAAAAGAUGUGGAUAUUUUCUCGUACGAGAUGGUCUUGAUUCCUGUCCAUAAACAUGGACUGCAUUGGACCCUAUUGUGUCUCCGAGAACAACUGCUGGAGUACUCCGACUCCCUCGUACAAGACGAUGGCGGUUUUUCUUCCGAUGUGAUUGCGAACUUCACGCAAUACCUCCGUGAGGAAGCAGUUUGUCAUUAUGGUCCAAAAACGAAAGUGGAUCUCCAGGAGCCCAAGGUGGUUGUUCGUGGUGUCCCUCAACAAUCGGACGGAUCGAGCUGCGGUGUUUCCAUGCUCGUCUUCGCUUCAUUUCUUGCACGCGGCUGUCCGCCACCAUUUUCGAUAGCCCAAAGCGACAUUCCAAACAUAUGGCUGAGGAGAUCGGUGGACAUACUCCAAGGCGCUGAAUGAUACCACUGUUGUUAAAAUACGCGUAGUUUUUUUUUCGAAAUGCCAUAAGCAGAAGUGCGAAUUUAUUCCCACUUGAUCUACUAGUCGGCCGGUUCAAGCUGUGAUGUUGUUUAAAUGAGGUACCAGAUUGCAGUGGACGCUUUGGUAAAGUAAACGCUUAGGUGUCGA